GGAAGUGCCCCAAAGCCGUAGAAAGUUAAUACGAAGAACAAUCGAGAACCUCUUCCGUCCUUAUACUUAAUCCUUUGAUCGAAACCCUCACAGAAUCCUCCGCCGAUCCCCGAAUCGAUCCGAUGCCCCGCCGAUCUCUGAACGCCGGCAACGCCGCCUCCUCUGACCAGCUGCCCCCCGCGGCCGCGUCGAGUCUCGCUCCCGGCUUCCGCUUCCACCCCACUGACGAGGAGCUCGUCAGCUACUACCUAAAGCGGAAGGUCUGCGGGCGCCCGCUCCGCAACGAUGCUGUCGCCGAGGUGGACCUCUACAGGUGCGAGCCCUGGGACCUCCCCGGCCUUUCCCGGAUCCGCAGCCGCGACCUGGAGUGGUACUUCUUCAGCCCCCUUGACCGUAAAUACUCCAACCGAUCGCGGACCAACCGCGCCACCCCGCAGGGGUACUGGAAGACCACCGGCAAGGAUCGCCCCGUCUGCCGUGGUCCCCGCGUCGUCGGCAUGAAGAAAACGCUCGUUUACCAUGCUGGCCGGGCGCCACACGGCACCAGGACGAACUGGGUGAUGCACGAGUACCGCCUCAAGGAUGAGGAGUUGACCCAGGCCGGCAUUUCGCAGAAUGCGUUCGUGGUAUGCAGGAUCUUUCAGAAGAGCGGUGCCGGACCCCAGAAUGGAGCUCAGUACGGAGCACCGUUUCUUGAGGAAGAGUGGGAAGUGGAGGCGGAUGAUGCGGUAGUUUUAAUGCCAGAUGGUGGAGAAGAUGAUGAGGUUAAUGAGGCCGCAGAACAGGAGUAUUUGCACUUCGGUGAUUUCGUAAAGAAUGUGGACUUGGAGAAUCAACAUGUGAAUGCUUCCAACCUUGUGGCAGAUCUUGAUGAGGACUAUGGUGGCCUUACAGAAGAUGCCACCAUUUUACUGGACGAGACAGUCGAUGACACUAGUUUCACCAACAUGGUUGAGUGUAUUGAUGAACCUGGACAGCAGAUUAGCCAAACUCCCACUGAUGACAUGGAAAAGGAAACUCUCAUGGAAGAACACACUCAUAAUCAUAGUCCUCCAAAUGAAAAGGAUGAAUAUGUGGAGUUGAAUGACCUUACAGAUUCUGCAAAUGCGACAUUCCCACUAAGUGAAGAAUCUAGUUAUCCCAUAAGAACUUUCCAUGCUCAGAAUAUGGAUGGGAUAGAUGGAAAUAGCAACUUGCAGAAAAUGCUUGACAUUGAGGAGUUCUUUGACACCAUGAGCCAGAAUUCUGACCCCUUGGAAUCAUACCAGAUGACCUCAGCACAGGAUAAUUUCUAUGUCCAACCAAAUGAUUUGAGUCCUGUUCCUGGUGGUUGCCCUUCGAGCCAACAGCUUCAAGAAAACAUGGUAUUCUGUGAUGCACCUAGUGAUAAUCUAGCAUUCGAGCAUGAAAAGGAUCAAUUUACACACUCACCCGUCCAUGACACGUCUGGUUUUGAGAUGAUUGAUGACUUAUUGGCAUAUUUUGAUGCCACUAAUGAUAAGUUAUACUAUGACACUAUAGGUUUCCCAGGAUGCUCAGAAUGUACUAGUUCAUCUGACAAGUCCAACUUUCCUGGAGAGGUUUGUGAUGGCAAUUGCUCAACAAGCAAGGCACCAGCACAGGUGCCAGAUACACACAUUGUAGGUGGAGCAUCAUCCUCAGCUUCAUCUGUUGCUUGUAGUAAGACGGAGGGCAACCAUGAGGAUGUAACUGUUAAACCAGAUGCCCACAUGAAGGAUGGAAAUGACAAAACCAUUUCAAAAUGUCUGGUGAACAUGCUGGGCUCGAUCCCUGCACCCCCUGCAUUUGCUGCUGAGUAUCCUGCUGGCGCUGCAAAAUCAAUGGCACAGACGUCCGCAGUCCACCCGGCCAGCUCAAUCCAUGUCACAACCGGGUUUGUUUACAUCUGUGAUCCCACGGUAUCAGGAAGUGUGGGACACUGGUCAUUGCAGAAGAACGGACAUGCGAGCUUUAUCCUUUCCUACAGGAUGGCAGACAAUGUAUCUAGAAAAACUUCAGACUUUGUGCCUUCUAAGAAUCAGGUUGAUGCAGUAUCAGUGGUGCUUCGAGGUGGCUUAUAUGUUCUCUUCCUUCUACCACUGUUUCUUACAAUCAGCUAUAAAGUGGGGAUCACUAUAUGUGGCAGGAGCUGGUUCAACAACACUUGGCAUUACUUGUAGCUGGUUCAAGUCCUUGGAACCUCAUGAUCAUCCGUCCUUGAUUCCAAACCAGUGGUGACUGUGCCUGAUGAUGGCAGCAAUAAGACUAUUGUGGCAGAUAUAAUAGUUCAUCUGCAUCGCGAUGAUGCAUGGAGAACGGUUGUUGUAUCUUGGUUCAGCCGCUGUGCUGUAUUUUGGUUCAUGUACAAGAGAUACAAAUUCCUAUAUA